CUGAUAUCGACCUGGUGUGAUGGAGGGGAUGUCAAAAGUUAUCUCCGUCGACAUCCCACGGCAGAUCGCCAAAUCCUGAUCAAAGACACCUGCAAAGGUCUUGCAUACCUUCAUUCUGAGCGGAUAAUCCAUGGUGACAUAAAGCCGGAAAACAUUGUGGUGGUGGAAGCAACCGGAGUAGCAAGAUUGUGUGAUUUCGGUCUAUCAUCGCUACUCGACGAUCUACCUAUAUACGCACCCUCUUCGAGCAUGGAUGGGACCCUAAGAUAUAAAUCGCCCGAACUCUUUUCCGGGGGGAAACGAAACGAAGCAAGUGACAUGUGGGCGUUUGGGUGCACGGCCGGAGAGAUAUUGCGCAAUGAACGCCCUUACCAUCACAUCAGCUUUGAUUUGCAGCUUCUAACUACUGUAAAUUCCGCUUCCCCCCAUGUUUGGCGUUGCCCAACCGAGUUCGAGAAAUGCAUUGCGUCUUGCUGUGAACAUUGCUCGGAUCGGAGACCGAGCAGUCCUGAGCUCUGUACCGGCUUCGAGUAA